AUGCAGGACGACAUUUCAGACACGCCUCUCGCUGUGUUAUUCCUACAAUUGGAAACUGUAGCUAACACAUACUUAGAUAGUCGACGCAAAGCGCGUCGCGCGAAACGACAGAAGACGUGCGAGAAUGAUCCGUCGGCUCCCAUAUUAGAGGAUUUUGACUUGACAGCUUUAUUAGAAAACGACUUCAACAACUUAGAAGUAGCUCCAAGCAUAACAAAUGAAGAGUUGAUUAAGUUAUUGAAAGACAAUAUUAGAGAGUUUGUUAACACAGAUAAUCUUUCGGACGACGAGGAUGUGGACGGUCUCACGUCAAAUCUGUGCCUCACUAAAGCCGUUAUUGACGCCUACAGUGCACCCAACGUUAUAGAACUCGUUAAACAAAACCUGUUCGCCCGAUUGAAUAGUUAG